AAAGCUAUGUGUUUCAUAUGUUGUAUUUAUAAAUUUUCAUAUUUAACUUAGUAUCUUGUGUUGUUUUGUGAGUUAGAAAUUACAAAGAUGUCGGUUUUUUUGUCUCGUCCAAGUAUGUAUGGGUAUGGUGGUUCAUACGCCUCACCAUCUGAGGACACGAAGGAAAGGUUGAGACAACGGCUACUCAGAACACUUGGCUACAAUCGUACAAUCGAGGAGCUACUUGAGGGUUCCAAGCCAGAAGUAAAAAUGGAGGAAGAGGAAGAAGAAAGCGAAGAACAAACGAGGUUUGACUUGUAUUAUGAUGGUGAGUUCAUUGCUCCAAUGGAAAAGACCCCGUUUGAUGAUUUGUUUGCCGACCAGACUGAUUUCCGUUUCUUGCCUUAUGAUGAGUUUGAUUUAACGCAUGACCUAGGAUGGUUCCCUUUUAUGCAUUACGAGAAGCCUUGGGCAGAAAAUCUACAUCCAAUUAAAAGGAUAUUCAAAUACAGCGAUCUUAAACUGCAAAAUAAAGAGCUGCUUGGAGGUCUAAGCGGCCUAAUUAUGGCUACAGGGCUUACCAAUUUAGACCGAGUGCCAAAUACAGUUUCCUAUGCUUUGACCAAGCUCCAGCUCCCUAACAAAAAUAUUGCUGAUGUGAGCCUCCUUGCGAAAUACAAGUACCUUCAGUACAUCGAUCUGUCCCAUAACGUCAUCCAAGAUUUAACUCCUUUGCAGCAUGUCCCGUAUCUCAUGCUGAUCGAUGCCUCGUUCAAUAUGCUCAGCACUUUCAACAUCAAGCCGGCCCCUUGGUUCCUCACUUAUGUCAACCUCUCGUUUAACCGGUUCACAGAGAUCCCUGACUUCACACCAUACUGGUCUGUCAAACAUUUGAACCUGUCGAACAAUCAAAUCACAGAGAUCAACGAAGGCUUGAGAAAUAUGAAGUAUUUAAAAUAUUUGAAUUUGUCGAACAAUUUGAUCACCACUGUACAAAAUUUGUUUGGAAUACCGCUCGUCGAGUUAGAUUUGUCUCACAAUCAAAUAAUAGGAGAAACGCAAGAUGUCACACACACUGAAAAUUAUUUACCGUUCAAAACAGUCAUAACACUCGAAGAACUCAACAUGGAUUCGAAUAGACUAGAAUCUUUGAGUUUCAUUAGUACAGCAAGACUUAAGAAGUUAAUCGCUUCUAACAAUUACCUUAGCAUGAUUCAGGUUUUGAAUGACAUAGAAAAAAUGACCGAGCUGAAAGAGCUUGUCAUUCAUGGAAAUGAAAUAAUGAACGUGCCUGACAUAUACAGACACUUGAUCUACCUGUGUCCUAAGAUUGAAAAGAUCAACAAGGAAAAGAUCGGCAUUCCAGAAAGGGUGAACGCUCGCUGUAUGUACGGCAACAACCUUUUCAAUGAAGCAAUAAAAAAUCACACUUACAGUCUGUUGUACAACCACAUCGAACCACCACCCCUUGGGGAAGAUCUGGUACAGAUAAAUUGCAAUUCGGCUGUCUUGGCCCUUGUCGGCCCACCUGGAAGCGGUAUCGAAACGAUUAUUAAUAACUUGGUUGAAAAACAUGGAGAAUAUGUUAAAGUGUUGAAGCUUCAUCGAACGCCUGUUGUAGUUGUAAAGACAAAACCUAGGCCCUCAAACCAAACAGCAAUGUUUGUCCGAGAUGAUAAACUGGCAUCUAAGAGCAUCUUCAAUCCACGAUUACCACUGCUUCCUUUUGACUGUAUGAAACGGCGGAGCAAAAGUCGGUUCGACUUUUCUAUAUCAGAACUGCCAAGGAAAUGUGAUAACUUGCUGAAUAUACGUGACAUCAAUAUGAGCCAAUCCAGCAAGGAGGAAAUUGAAUUCGAGGAUGAAACUGAUAUCGAAGAAGAAAUAGAUUUUAAUGAUACAAACUACCCCUCCCUAUACCAUCAUGCUACUACAACACAAUUUAACAAACUUUGGAAAGAAGGAAAGUUCAUAUUCGUGUUUCACAGCCUUGGAUGCAGCUUUGGUUUGUGUUUUGAUGAACUGACUGAUGAUGGCAAAAUAUGCCUGCUUGGUGUAAACCUUCAGCAGGCUUACGAACUCAAAUGGCACGGGUUAGAACCGACAUGCCUUCUCACCAUGCCAACCUCAGUUGAUAUUCAUGAAAAGAGGCUGAAGGAUUUGCAUAAGGCUUUCGUUUCUAUAAAUAACGAUAGUGAAUUAACCAAGCGCCAUACGAGGUUUUCUUCAAGACAGCCAACUUUAAAAGAACCAUCCAUGGACUAUUCAAGAAUGAUGGAUAGAGAGAGUAUUUCAACAGAUCCCACAGCCAGUUUAGACGAGAGCCUUAAUUCUAUCAGAUCCUACCGAAAGGCUACUGCAUUUUAUGGUGCAUUCUGCAUCAAGAACAUUUGGUGGUAUGACGACUCGUCUGAAAGAGUCUCUGAUCAAAACAUACAAGUGGAUUCCAAAAAAAUUAAAAGUGUGACAAAAAGAAAUAUCACAACUGAGAAAAGUGUAGAAGAUUUGAUACAGAAGAUUAUGAGUACAAGGCAGCAGUAUAUGACCGCUCAUGACAAUUGCUUAUUUAUGAUGGCUAUAUCAACAGAUGAUUUGGAUAUUGCAGAGCAGAAGGUGACAAAAAUUGCCCAUCAAAUUUACCAGAAUAAGAAAGACCGUAACAGCUUGCUUUUGGAAUCGAUCCAACCUCGUCCUGGCAAUGAGCUGUACAAACCUCUUGUCAAGCCGAUGCUCGAUGAGAUGAUUGAUGUGCUCAAAGAUAGCUCUAAACUUGAGUGGAUGGAUGCUGGGGACAAAUUCAUCCCUCCGCCUUACCUCUUCCCUGAUGUUAUGCUCAAAAAAUCCAUGACAAGCCUUACACUAGGAUCAUCAAGGGAAUCGAUAAUUUAUGAAGAUAUCCUCCAUACGGCAGACACACCAUCAUAUGAUGAUGCUGAUGAUACAUAUGCAACUGAAAUGUCCAAGGGCAACAACCAAUUCCCUUAACUUAUCAGCCUUCUAAUAUAAUAAUUUCUAAUUCAUCUCACACUUAUUUUCAUUUCCUCCUUCAAUUUUAUUAUUGAUAAAAUCUUGGUUGUUGAUUAUUAAAGGUACAUGACUUAAAUUCA